CCCCACAAAACACGCAGCGGCAUCCCCCCUCCCGCACGACGCUCCAUGGAAGACGAAUCCCGCGAACUGCCCCCCGGCUGGGUCCGCCAAUAUGACUCGAAAUCCCACCACCAAUUCUUCGUCGACACCGCAUCCUCGCCUCCCCGCUCCAUCUGGCACCACCCGUACGACGACGAGACCUACCUCUCCACCAUCUCUGCCUCUGAGCGGGAACGCAUCCGGAACUUGCAUCCCGUGCCGACGCGCGCGGAUAUCGAGGCCGAGAGCUCGGGAGACGAUGAACAUCAUCAUUAUGAGGGUGGUGGAGGGGAAGAGAGUUUAAGUGGCCCUAAGAAAUUCGGGCGGAAGGUGAAGGAUAAAUUAACGGGGUCGACGCAUCAAGAGCGGGAAGUGGCGAGGAGGAAGAGAGAGGAGGAGGAGCGGAGGAUGUAUGAGCAGCAUCAGCAUAUCCGGCGCCAGAUGAGCUUAGCUGCUGAAACUGGGCAGCCCCAAUUGUUAGGUAAAGAUAGGAAUGGGAAGGAUGUUUAUAUCGAGCCGCCCGCCGCGGAUCCGUAUGGAGGCGGCUUUGGAGGAGGGGGCUUUGGUGGGUAUGGUGGGGGACUAGGGUAUGGGUAUAAUCCGUAUAGUCAGGGG